AUGAAAGAUGAAUCGACAGGGGAGGUGGAAACUAGCAGCAGCGGAAAGAAAAGUGGGAUUUCUGAAUUGGCAAUGUCAACAGCGCAGCCAAGGGGAGAUAACCUUGUGGAGACCAACAUGGAAAGAGAGCCGGAUCCGUUCGAAUACUUCCAGGCGUUACCAAAGAAAACGUUUUCAACAGGGAAUUACAUUGUUUCCAAGAGAAAACAGAAACUGGAAAAGCGAAAGCUACGUAAAGUCAAUGCAAGUGACAAAAGAAAAUGGAGGCAGGUCCCUGUGGAAGAAAUCGGCAUAAAUCCCAGCUUGUUCCCACGGUGUCAGUUUGAACCCAAUGAAAAAAUCCGGAAGCUUAAUCCUGAAGCGAUCAGUUAUGAAGUAAAUGAGGAAUUUAUGCAUGUGGAGAAUAUAAUUUCCAAUGCGAAGGAUCUGGAAUGUUUUCUUGCCAUCGGGUUUAAAGACAUUAGAGCCGAUCGGCAUCGAAAAAUUAAAAGGGCGCAUAAACAAGUGAAGGACAAAUACUGCAACAACGUGCAAAAUAACAAUGGGAAAAAGCUGUUCGUAAAUCAUAGAGUGUACAAACGGAUGGAGCUGAAACCACAGACAAUCCACUUUUUACCCAAACAAAAGGUAGGUGGAAGAUCAGACCUCGAGGAAAAGAGAAUUAUAAUCCAGAAAGAGAAAGGGAAAAGGAAUCCAAACAUUAAGGGGGAGUGGGCGUUUGAAGAUGCAAAACCUGCCCCGCCUUUGGCCUCUGAAACUCGCCACGCCCUCCACAGUCAAAAUGCCCCAUCGACCUUCGCCGAAGAUCAAGCUCUGGUCAACUUGUUAAUCUCUCUGCAGCACCGAGAUUUAAGUCCCGAGGAUUAUGACCUGCUGUUGAAACUUGACGAACUUUUCUGGUAUUCAGCUGUUCCAAGCUCUUCAGAGGCGACGAGGAGGAAACCAAACGAGCUACCGAGUACCAGAAGAAUUUUCCCCUACAAUCCGCCAUCUUUUAGCGCCAUCGUUCAGUCCACAACAAACUGCGAAGUGUUUCGAAAAGCCCGCGGAUAUCAGCUCCAAACUUCGAAUUUGGAGAAAAGUUUUCCACUGGCGUUUAGUGUACUAGUUCAUAAAUCCGUCGAGCAGUUUGAACGUUUGCUAAGGGCGAUUUAUCGCCCCACGAACUACUACUGCGUCCAUGUGGACAAAAAGGCAACCCCGUAUAUACAAAAGGCCGUACAGUCAAUCGUUAGGUGUUUUGGCAAUGUUUUCCUUGCUUCUCGACAGGAGAUUGUCGUGUAUGCCGGCUAUACGCGACUCCAGGCAGAUAUAAACUGUAUGAGAGACUUACUUCACUGUUGUAAAGAUUGGAAAUACUUGCUCAAUAUGGCGGGUAGCGAGUUUCCGCUCAGACCCAAUCACCAUUUAGUGCAAAUCUUGAAACUUUACAACGGCACGAAUAUCGUUGAGCGUCACAUGCGCACGAAUAGUCCAUGGCGGUACGAACGCAAGUUUAAAACCGUGAUAAAAAGCGCCAAACGCGGACGCCUUGUUAAGGAAUCUGACGUCAACGACCCUGCGCCGUUUAAUCUCAAAGUCACCAAGUGCAGUGCGUAUGGCGCCUUUUCUAGGAAAUUUAUAGACUUCGCUCUUCACAAUGCGGUCGCUCAGGCUCUGUUAAACUGGACCAUGACAACCUACAGCCCUGAUGAAUUAUUCUGGGGAACGCUGAACAAUCUCCAUGGCAACCCACAGCUAGCGACACCUGGCGGAGAUUUGUCCAAUGAAGACAAUCACAUGACCCGAGCUGUGAUGUGGAAGUCUAAUGAAUGCCACGGUAAAAAUGUUCACAUCAUUUGUAACUUCGGCGCAGGAGACUUACCUUGGCUGCGCGGAAGCUAUCAGCUGGUCGCGAACAAGUUCGAUUUGCGGGUGGACCAGGUUGUGUACGGAUGUAUGGAGGAAUUGCUGGCGUUGAGACAGCGACAGGAACACCCCAACAAAGUCAAACCAUUUGAGACCUACUUGAACAAAGCUAGGGGCAUCGGAACCUGAGAAAUGCAAUUGCAGUUUGAAACAUUGUAAUUUGUCCAGCGCAUUACAUGUACGUAACAUCAGAUACAUAUAUUACAAUUUGUCCAACGUAUAACAUUUAGCCCCAAAAUGUACAUAGUAUGUAGGCUUACAUUCUAAUUUGUCCAACGUACUACAUGCAUGUAUCGGAAGAUAAUAUUAUAUACAUUAUAAAUGGUCUUACAUAUUACAUGUUCGCAUCGUUCCAUAAAUUCUGAAUUGUCAGGCCGUGCGUGAGAAGGUCUGCCAGCAACCUACGGAUGGCAGUGGGUUUUCCCCCGGGCUCUACCCGGUUUCCUCCCACCAUAAUGCUGACCGCCGUCGUGUAAGUGAAAUAUUCUUGAAUAUGGCGAACAACA